ACCGGAGUUUUUCAAUUGCACCCACGGCUAUUUUGAAUACACAUAGCAUAAGAAUUUCACCCCCUUAAUGAUAAUUGCACACCGCGGUCAUUGUUACUGUUAUCGUUUCUUGUAGUUUUAAGUGUAUAGUGCGAGUGCCAUUUUCGGUAAUAUAGAUCGACAUAUCAUUCAGUGAAGUGCACCUUAUUUAUUUAUAUAUCAUUAGUACUAAUUAAUUACAUUAAUCGACGAAUAUGACUAACGUUUGUGCGUACGUCUUUUCGGUGCAAUUUACGUCAAAGAGAUGGAACUGAUAAUGUGAAUAAAUGGACGUUAAAUUAGCGAAUCUGGCGGAUUAUAAUAGCGAUACCGUGAGGAGGUGGGUUGAAUCAAACCCUACACCCACCCUCCAGAAUAAUAACAUUGACAUAACAGCGGCCGGUUCGAAAACUUUCAAAAACAAUUUAAACAACAACACUAUCGAUUUUGAGCAGAGCUUUUGGAAACGUCAAAAGGAAGAGAUGCCGAUGUUACUGCAACAACCCUCCCACGUACUGUUAUCGUCGCACGAGGCCGAUCAACCCUUGGACUUUACGAUGUCGAAAUUUAAGACGAAAUCGGCAACAUCCGUCGCAUCCCAAUUAAAACAAUUUAAUAAUUUAGCGAAUCAUCAGCAUCACAUGAUGCUAUUACAAAAUAAUGGAGUUUAUUUUAAUAGAAGUAACAAUAACAAAAGCUUCACACGUGGAAGUAGCCCGUCCCCGUCGAGUAGUUCGGAAGAGGACGAGGGAGUCGAUGGGCCGCCUGAAGAUUCGCCGAGGUCUCCGCCGAACAGCCCUGCACCACUUCGAGGCGACGAAUUAAUCGAUUCGCCCGGACGAGGAGAAAAGCAGCAAUACGGAAAGCUAUGGCUAAACGACCCGGAGAUUAAUUGGCGAACGAGAGACGUGCAGCUACCUUCCUCGGAGGACUCGAAAAUCGCAUUACAGACGCGCCUAGGCCUUUCGCCCCAUGACCAAAUAAAUCCACUUAGUAGACUCGAAAAAGCUCCAUCCACGCCUCCUUCUCACGACGAUUGCGAUGCAAACGGCGAUAUUAGCGGGGACGACCAAAGUAUCACGAGUGAUCAUCAACCCGAUCAAAAUGAUCCCGAUUCGAUGGAUUCUGAUAAGGUCGGGGCACUUAACUUGGUUACGGGUGACCCGGCACGGGCGACGUCUCCGAGUUCGCCGCAAGUUACCAGCUCCAGUCCAGGUGUGGGCGCCGCCUUAGCGGCUUUAGGUGGGCUAGGAGGUCUGCUCAGUAACCCGUUACAAGUAUUGGGGGGGUUGCAAGCGUUUCAGAAUCCCACCAGCUUGCAACAGUUACAACAAUUGGCCAUGUUACAACAAAGCCACGGAAAUCCUCAAGCUCAGUUCUUUUUACAAAAUCAGGGCUUUCUACAAGGAUUUCCACGCUCUGGAAUAUCCUCUAGAGUUCCUCACUCCAUGCAGGUGCACCAAAUCGCGCAGGCUGCGCAACAACUACAGCAACUGCAGAAAGCGCAACAGCAGCAGCAACAACAGCAGCAGCAGCAACAGCAGAAUCAGCACAACACCAGCAUUCCUCCAAACAGUCAGAUACCGCAAACUCAACAAUCGACACCGCCUAACAAUUCCCACAUACCCGCCAGCUUGUUAACACCGAGCACGCCUAGUUCCGGAGGCCUUACGCCGCAACACCUCAAAACGCCCUCCAGACUUCUAGAACCUUCGCCUGAAGAAACGACCGAUCUAGAAGAGCUGGAGCAGUUCGCCAAAACAUUUAAGCAGAGAAGAAUUAAACUAGGUUUCACGCAAGGAGAUGUGGGUUUAGCAAUGGGAAAGUUAUACGGCAAUGACUUCUCCCAAACGACCAUCUCUAGGUUCGAAGCUUUAAACCUGAGUUUCAAAAAUAUGUGCAAACUGAAACCUCUCCUACAAAAAUGGCUCGAAGACGCCGACAACACGCUCACGAAUCCAGGACAGUUAAACAAUCCCAUGACGACUCCGGAAACGAUAGGCAGACGACGUAAGAAGCGGACCUCGAUCGAAACCAGUGUUCGCGUAGCUUUAGAGAAGGCUUUCCUGCAGAAUCCAAAACCGACAUCCGAAGAGAUUUCGAUGCUAGCCGACGGACUGUGCAUGGAAAAGGAGGUAGUGCGAGUGUGGUUUUGUAAUAGGAGACAAAAAGAGAAACGAAUUAAUCCACCCACCUCCGCCCUCGGUUCGCCCUGUUCCGUUAAUAAUAGCAACAAUGCGAUGUUCGCAAUUGCAAACUCGCUCGCGACCAGCCCCCUCUCGCUGGUAACGUCCAGCGGACAUUCCUUUAAUCCCAACGUCAUGGUGAAACAAGAAUGACCCCACGCCAAUUACUUUUCAGAUCACUUUAUGGACUAGUGUGUGCAAUUCACAGACACGAAACCCGACAUGUGCAAAUAAUUUAUUUCUCUUUAUUUAUCACUUCAUCACUUGAACAGUCUUCCAUUUACUGAUGAGAAAAAGUUCCUAAGCGUUGUCAAAAAUUUUGACUGCUAAAAGUGAAAUUAAUACCAAAUUCUUGUUUCGUUCAAUUCGAUCCGGUGACUAAACCAUGUACAUAGAUGUAUUUCGGUGGUACUUUUAAGCGAACCGUGGAAAUUGGUAAAUGGCGAUUAUUUAUAACAAAUAAGCAGGGUCUCUUAAUAAUAUUUUGAAAGUAAACGCCACGUACCGAUACGGUGAAAAGUGUAGAUAAGUUAACGAUAGGUGUUAGGAUAACUAUAUAAAUUUUUAUUGUCUUGUAUUGAUGUAAAUAUUAAUAAAUGGUUCCAUUACGCAAACGGACCAAUUUAGAAAUCUUAAAAAGAAAGUUCCUAAUAAAAUUAUUGUUGAUCAAUUAUUUUGUAAGUAUUAAACAUCAACAUUUUGUUUCGUUUACAAUUUUAUUAGGUACCUAACCUAGACUGAUUUGUUUAUUUGCAAGGGACAUUAUAGUAAAAUAAACAAGAAUAGGGUCCCCUAUUUAUUUAUUACUUUGUACCAAAGAUUUUUGUUAGUCCAAUAUGAUUGCCGUUGUUAAUUAAUGAUAACCAUAUCGGACAUGAAAAUUUCUUGUAAUUGUGUAACCGGUGCUAGACGAUCUAGCAACGGCUACAUUAAACAGUAGAAUGUAAGCCAAAUGUUCACGUUUACUUCAGAAUAGAAAACAUAUCUUGUAUUAAACUAAAAAAUCGUGUAAAAUAUCUUAAUGUAUACAAAAUAAAACUAUUUUUAUUAAUUUAUACCUACUGUCAACAUUUUAAAAAUCAUAUCAUGACGAAAUCAUAUUAGAGAUGUAGUCUGUGUUAUAAAAAAAAAAGAAACCUAAAGGCAUCAUCGCAUUGACAUAGUGUACCUACUUUUAAAAACAAUAGGUGGAUUUCCCGAUAUAAUUACUUAAAUGUUUUAAAUCGACAUUUUUUCAAUAGUAUAGAACUCGAUUUUAUAGGUAUGUGUGUGUAGUAUACAUGUGUAAUAGAAAAGUGCAGUUGUUUCUACUAAAGUGAAAAUCGUUAGGUACAAAAAUAUUAAUCCCGUUACUAACUUUAACGGGGUUAAUCUUUUUCAUUGUAUAAUCUAUUACCUAAUAACAAUAUUAUUCGAUUGUAUGUAUCAGACCCUAUUCUGACGUGUAUUAUAAUACUAUGGUGGUCUAGGCAAUAACUUGUACAUUAUUUUCAUUAAAGAAAAUGAUUCGUAA